GCAGCCAAUCAGAUCGCAGGACAGAGAGGCACAGGUUUCCGGCCUGCUGAACGACAACAAUCUGAAAGACGAAGAGGAGAAGCUGCCGCUUCCACUUCAUCGUCGGGAUUGUAAUCAUUUAUAAUCAACGACACUCCCAGCACCAAACUUUGGUGUGCAACUUCCUGACGAGACGAAUGAGACUGAUCCACAAUUAACAUGGAAGCAGAAACGGAAGUUAUACCCAUCUGGCAAAAUAAGCCUCAUGGAUCCACGCGCAGUGUUGUGAGAAGAAUAGGUUCCACUCUUCCACUUAAACCUCCUCAAAGGGCAUGUUUCCAGGAGCUACCAGGUCUGCCUUCUCUUCGUCCAAUGGACGGGCCUAUGGUUCCUACCUUGGCAGACAUAGCCUGGAUUGUUGCAGAUGAAGAGGAGACAUAUGCCAGAGUGAGAAGUGACACACGUCCUCUGAAACACGAAUGGCGACCCACACCGCUCCUGGUGCUUCACAGGAAUUCAUCUGUGCCCAAUUUUCGCCGUGAGGGCAAAAGGAUGGAGGGGCUGAAGAAGCCCGGCGUGACUGCACUGAACCGUACUACAGCACUGCAGGAUGAGCUCAGCAGACUUCGAGCGCAGAUCGCUAAAAUUGUGGCAAGUGAUUCAGGCUCUAACCCCCUCACCCCAGAUCUGCUCUCGCCCGAUGACACAAGCAUGAGCUUUUCCAUGGCGCCUUUUGAGACGGCGUCCUACCAGCCGGCUCCCACGGCGGCUGCUUCCUUUGUCAUCAGCGACGUCACAGAGGAAGAAGAACCGGAGGAAGAGGAAGAUGAGAAAGAUGCCGUCUCUGUGGUUUCAGAGCUGGUCCCUGACCCUCUGCCCCCUGUUUCUAUGACAGCAUCAGCUACCUUUGAUUUGGACAGGCCUAGCAUGGACUUCCGGGAGGCAGAGGAGGAUACAGUGUCGCUAUCAAAGUCCACCAGUUUUGCUGAUGUUAUGGACAUCCUGAAGGACAUGAACCGCAUGAAGAUGAGCAAAGACAGGUACAACAGAGGCUGCACUUCCCUCAGGGAGGAGGACUCUGCCUCGCUGAUUUCAGAAGCUCUGAGGAAAAAGUUUGUCCUGAAGGAUGAAGAUGCUGCCUCUGUGAAAAGAAAGUAGUGCGAUGAUGUUAAUAAGAAAUACCCAAUCCUGCUGCUCCAUGCCUUUGCCUGUGGAUAAUGCACCCGUGGAUCCACAACCUCGCUCCUCAGACCCAAGGCAAUAGCUGUCUGCCAGAGAUAGAACAAAAACACUUUGUCCCAGACACUUAAAACCAGUGCGGGUGCAUUGUGAAGGGGAACAGCCAACUCUUGGUAACAGUCAGUUUAAGCACUGCGUCACAAAACACUUUCAGUGUGUUUCUCUCUAAAAUUUCUUAGUUUUAUUUUCGAACAGACUCAACAGACUUGAUGCCAAUGAUGACCAAUCAUCCGGUCAUAUAAAUCUGAUUUGCUUUUGUUUUUAUAAUAGGUCACCGGUGGAGGCUGACAUUAAAACCAUUAUCAUUUCGUUUUUGGACCUAAAUUGUGGAAUGCCCCUCGCUUUGAAGAGGGUACUGCCCGUCUUUCUUAGUUUUGUUUUCAGUUCUUUCACUAAAGAGAUGCAAAUAAACCUGUUUUAGCUAUGUCAAGAAGUCCUCUCGCAUACUUGAAAACGUGUAUGUACAGAUGAAACAGCUGUAGUGCAUAUGCAGGGAAGUACUGCAGGUGUAUCAUAAAAAUCAUUUAGGAUAUUUGCUGUUGAUGUGUGCAUUUCAGUACUGAGUCUGUGGAAACGCACAGCAUCAUGUACUGUUGUGUUGCUCGAUCCACUACACUUCUGCCCUUUAGUUUCAGAGUAAUAUCCAGAUCCAUAGUCAAUGAUUUUACAACUGAAAGGGGAGAGAUUACAUUGAUAAUAAAGAGGACAAUAGAGGGAAAUAUGCCCCCAUCCUGAGUUGUAUUUCCAGUAAAGCCAACAACAGAUGCAAGCUUGUACAACUAAGACUCUUAACAAUUUUGCCUGUGUGCAGUAUGACUAAUUGGUAGGGAAAACCAUCUGUAUAAUGUUUAUAAUGUAAUAUUAAACAGGUGAUUUUACUUUAGGAAGAGACUAAGCUUAUGUGUAAGAGAGCUUUUACAUCGUGCAGAGUUUACAGAUAAAGUCUAUUUAGAUCAGUCCACGCCUUACCGGUUCAGAUGCCUAAUUUUAUCCCCUUGUUUAUUCAAAGUGCCAUGGGUUUGUUUCAUCCAUCCUGCCCUCCGUUUGUCCUAAAUGUGCCCUUUGUUCUCAGCUUUUAUAUUAAGACUCCCAAGCAUACAGCCUGUUAACCAGCUGUGUGUAUGUGUGUGACAUUCACAAGUGUUAGGUUUUUUAUUUAAAAAAGAAGAAGAAAGUUGUGGCAAGAAAAAUACUUCCACACGUGUCCCUCCUCCUCUGUUGUUGCUGUCAUGUGUUGGCUGACACGAGUGGGGAUUUUCUUUGGUAUGGUUUUGCUGUGUGAAAAGAUACUGCUAGGAUAUUUGUGUUUGAACUGAACAAGAAUGUGCCCAUCCCUGUCGUCAUAUGUGUGGAGUUCAAGUUUGCUUUGACUUGCUGGAACUGGCUCCAAGCUGAGUCUCGGUAGAUCAUGUCACAUGCUUGACGUGAACACUGAGGAAAAUGCCACAUGCAAGUUUAAAUAGAUUUACUAAGUCUCUGGACUUGAAAUGAUGACCCUUACACCGCAUUCACUACCAGCUGCGUCACCGGUCGUCAGACUUACUCUAUUUGCUUUGAAAUUCUAGUUUGAGCGUUUGUCGCCGUUGUAUCUCCAUGUAGUCUUGAGCCUGUCAUCACCAUUUUUUUUGUCAUGUAAGGACUUGUAAAUAAAGAAUGUGCUGAUGUUUUGAAA